UGGUCCCCUCUGAUGCAUGCUUGUGAAAUCAUCCAGGACACGACUGCACGGUUUAUAGUGAGUGGUGCUGUGGGCUAGCUGGCUAACUGACUGAUAAGUUGCAGAAAUCAUGACUGAGGAGGCAUUUCAGAAAGCAGCAGAGGAGGUGAAGAAUCUGAAGACGAAACCCACUGAUGCUGAGAUGCUGGAGAUCUAUAGCCUGUAUAAACAGGCCACAGUAGGAGAUGUCAACACUGCUCGGCCCGGCAUGCUUGACUUCACCGGUAAAGCUAAGUGGGAUGCCUGGGAGUCGAAGAAAGGUAUGAGUAAGGAAGAUGCAAUGAAGGAUUAUAUCAGCAAGGUGGAAGAGCUGAAAGGAAAAUAUGGUAUCUAAAGUGUAACUGUAUGACCCACUCGUGUCACCUUCUGGCAAGUCUGUCAGGACCUUCAGUGUUCUGUAAAGCCUUAAACCUUGUGUUGUGUGGGUCCAUGUUUGUGAUGUAUCUCGUUCACAUGAAGACAUUCUGUUGGAACAAAACCUGCGUCACGAAGACCUGUUGGGACUACAGAAACCAUUCACUAGCAGCUGUGUAAUGACAGCCUGUCCAGCCUUUUUUUUUUUUGCAUGUCAUAAUGCCAUAAAGUCUUCACUUUUCAGAA